AUGUCAAAAAUCAUUAAUCCUAAAGAUUAAACAUCUUUAUUAGAGAUUGAAAAUCAAGUUGAAUUCAGUUAAAAAAAUUGCACUAAAGUUUUUUUCUUUACUUGGGUUUAUAGAGUUUUGGGCGUAAAAUUAAUAUAAAGAAAUUUAUAAUAGAUCGGAAAGAACAAACCUUUAGUUUAGUCUGACCUAGUUAUCAUAGAUUAAGAUUCUAACAUGGGAACAUCUCAUUCAAAAUUUAUGGCUUUUUUUAGAAAAUAGGAUUUACAAGGGUCUUUAUAUUAAUCCUUUAAAUGUAUAUAACAAUCUUAUCUUAAGGGCUAAUACUAUUUUGUGCAGUAUUUUAUUUGAUUGUAUCUGGGUUAUAACUAUGUUCACCAAUUAUAACUAAAGAAUCCUAAAAGUAUUUCAUGUAUGAUCAACCAGAAGAUAAACCUUCCUUAUCAAGCAUGUUAUAUUUUGCAGCUAUUUAACUUAUUUAUAUGAUAGCCCUUUCUUUAAUCAAACCAUAUUAAUUAUUUUAUUCUUCACUAUUAAGUGUCAAAUAAUAAGGAGCAUUAUAAUAGGAAAUAAUAAUGAAAACAUUAAGAUUUCCUAUCUCUCGUUCCAAACAUUAUUCAACAGGAGAACUUAUUAAUAUGAUGCAAGUUGAUAUAAAUUAGGCUUCAAAUUAUUUUUAUAAUGCAAUCAUUAUUUUUACAGUUCCAUUAUAAAUGAUAAGUGCUUUCAUUGUAAUAUUUAUCACAUUGAGAAAUCAAGCAAUAGUUCCUGCAGUUGGAGCAAUAAUUUAAGCAAUAAUUGGAUUGAUUUUUGGAUAUUUAUACGGAAUUGUUUAAAAGAGAUAUAUGAUUGCUAAGGAUAAUAGGAUGAAAGCAGUUGAUGAAGCAUUAAUUUAUGCGAAGCAAGUUAAAUUGAAUACAUUUGAAGAUUUUUUUGAAUAAAGAGUAAUUAUUUAAUAAUAUAAAAAUAGAUAAAAAAUUAUAGAGAAAAGGAGCUCAAAUAAUUAAAAACUUAAGUUUUAAUGAUGAUUUUUAUACAAUUAAUAUAAGGUUUUAUAGGAAUUUUAACUUGGGAAUGUGUGUUUAUAUUUUCAGAGUAAAUCAAUUUUGCAACAAUGAGCAUCAUGAUGUAAAAUUAUUAAAGUAUUGUGAACAUUUUAUCAAACCUGCCAUAAUAAUUUAAAAAUUUUUAGAUGUCAAGAAACUCAAUGGCUAGAUUAGAUAAUUAUUUUAAAUAAAAGGAAUGUAAUAUGAUAGAAAGAUAAAGUGAAAAUAAUAAUUUUGCAAUAAAAAUAAAUAAUGGUAUUUAUAGUUGGAAAUCUAAUGAUUAAAUGAAUUAAGAUGUUGUAGAAAUAAAAGAUGAAAAUGAAUAAAUAAAUGAUUAAGAUAUAUUUAAUAUAGAUAUUAAUGUAGAAAUUAAAAAAGGAGAAUAUGUGGCAUUUGUUGGAAAGUAUUUAAUUAAAUUGAUUUAUUUAUUAGUUCUGCAUCAGGAAAAUCUACUAUAUUAAGAUCUAUUUUAGGAGAAACUGAUAAGAAAUCAGGAAAUAUUAUAGUUAAUGGUACUAUUAGUGUAGCAACUUAAGAACCUUGGAUUAUUAGUGGAAGUAUUAAAAAGAAUAUUACAUUUAUGAAUUCAUUUGAUGCUCUUAAAUAUAAAUAAAUUAUUAAAAUAUGUGGAUUAGAAAGAGAUAUAUCUUCAUUUAAAAAUGGAGAUGAUACUAUUUUAGGAGAAAAAGGUGAUAAUUUAUCUGGAGGUUAAUAAAAAAGAAUUAAUCUUGCUAGAGCUAUCUAUAAUGAUGCAGAUAUCUAUUUAUUAGAUGAUCCUACUAGUGCUUUAGAUAUUAAAGUUAAAUAUUAAAUACAUUAAUAAUGUUUAUCUGGAUAUCUAAAAAAUAAGACAAGAAUACUAUUCACCAAUUCUAUAUCUAAUUUAUAAGAUUGUGAUAGAAUUUAUUUUAUUGAGAAUGGAAGAAUAAUUAAAGAAAGCAAAAUUCCUUAAACCAUAAUUUCAAACGGAGAUCAAAAAUCUUCUAAACAAGAAAUAAUUGAAACACAAAUUGAAUCAAAAUAAGUAAAACCUGAAUUUAUUGAUAAUCAAGAGGCAAGAUAGAGUUUAUUAUAAAAGGAAGAUUAAGAAUAAGGAGAUAUUUCUUUAAAAGUUUAUAAAUAGGUUUUCGUUUAUAUCGGCUAAUAUUUUGCACCAUUAUGUACUCUGGUGUAUUUUGUAAUAGUUUUAGGAUUUUAACUUUAUGGUAAUGAUAAGUUGGCCCAACAAAAUGUUUCUAAUGAAGAGUAUAAAUAAAUUGCUAAAAUUUAUUAUCCAAUAACUUAAUUGCCGGUAAGUCUAGCAGUUGUAUUAAUUAAUGCUUAUUACUUGUUGAUGGGUUUAUCUACCUCAAGAAAAAUUCAUAGCUCCAUAAUAAAUAGAUUACUUAAUGCUUCUUAUACUAAAUUUUAUAACACUAUACUUAUUGGAAGGUUAAUGAAUCGAUUAAGUAAAGAUAUUUACAANUUUCAAGAAACUCAAUGGCUAGAUUAGAUAAUUAUUUUAAAUAAAAGGAAUGUAAUAUGAUAGAAAGAUAAAGUGAAAAUAAUAAUUUUGCAAUAAAAAUAAAUAAUGGUAUUUAUAGUUGGAAAUCUAAUGAUUAAAUGAAUUAAGAUGUUGUAGAAAUAAAAGAUGAAAAUGAAUAAAUAAAUGAUUAAGAUAUAUUUAAUAUAGAUAUUAAUGUAGAAAUUAAAAAAGGAGAAUAUGUGGCAUUUGUUGGAAAGUAUUUAAUUAAAUUGAUUUAUUUAUUAGUUCUGCAUCAGGAAAAUCUACUAUAUUAAGAUCUAUUUUAGGAGAAACUGAUAAGAAAUCAGGAAAUAUUAUAGUUAAUGGUACUAUUAGUGUAGCAACUUAAGAACCUUGGAUUAUUAGUGGAAGUAUUAAAAAGAAUAUUACAUUUAUGAAUUCAUUUGAUGCUCUUAAAUAUAAAUAAAUUAUUAAAAUAUGUGGAUUAGAAAGAGAUAUAUCUUCAUUUAAAAAUGGAGAUGAUACUAUUUUAGGAGAAAAAGGUGAUAAUUUAUCUGGAGGUUAAUAAAAAAGAAUUAAUCUUGCUAGAGCUAUCUAUAAUGAUGCAGAUAUCUAUUUAUUAGAUGAUCCUACUAGUGCUUUAGAUAUUAAAGUUAAAUAUUAAAUACAUUAAUAAUGUUUAUCUGGAUAUCUAAAAAAUAAGACAAGAAUACUAUUCACCAAUUCUAUAUCUAAUUUAUAAGAUUGUGAUAGAAUUUAUUUUAUUGAGAAUGGAAGAAUAAUUAAAGAAAGCAAAAUUCCUUAAACCAUAAUUUCAAACGGAGAUCAAAAAUCUUCUAAACAAGAAAUAAUUGAAACACAAAUUGAAUCAAAAUAAGUAAAACCUGAAUUUAUUGAUAAUCAAGAGGCAAGAUAGAGUUUAUUAUAAAAGGAAGAUUAAGAAUAAGGAGAUAUUUCUUUAAAAGUUUAUAAAUAGGUUUUCGUUUAUAUCGGCUAAUAUUUUGCACCAUUAUGUACUCUGGUGUAUUUUGUAAUAGUUUUAGGAUUUUAACUUUAUGGUAAUGAUAAGUUGGCCCAACAAAAUGUUUCUAAUGAAGAGUAUAAAUAAAUUGCUAAAAUUUAUUAUCCAAUAACUUAAUUGCCGGUAAGUCUAGCAGUUGUAUUAAUUAAUGCUUAUUACUUGUUGAUGGGUUUAUCUACCUCAAGAAAAAUUCAUAGCUCCAUAAUAAAUAGAUUACUUAAUGCUUCUUAUACUAAAUUUUAUAACACUAUACUUAUUGGAAGGUUAAUGAAUCGAUUAAGUAAAGAUAUUUACAACAUAGACUUAGAGUUUCCUAAUGAAGUCUAAAAUUUUAGUAUAUAAAUAUUUAAUCUGAUAAUUCCAUUAGUAGAAUGUUUUAUAUAUUUAAAUAUUGCUGCUUUACCAUUGCUGAUUAUCUUUUUUAUUGGCUUAAUUUAUCUCACAAUAAUCUAUUAUAGAUGUUUAAGAGAAAUAACUAGAAUCGAAGCGGUCUCAAAAAGUCCGAUAUUUUCAUUCUUCUAGUAAAUUGUUAGAGGUAUAACAUAUGCAAGAACUUGCUUGCCAUUAGAAAAAAUAGUUAUUCAAUAGUAAAUAAAUGUAGAUACAGAUUUGGGAAAUUAAAUUAAUUUAGAUGGGAUUCAAUAUUGGUAUUAAUCUUUGGCAGGAUCAUCUACAAAUGUAUUUUAAGCUCUUUUAUUUAUAAUAUGUGUACACUAUUUAUUUUAAGUUAGUUUUUUUUUCCUGGAAAAAAUAGUGAUAAAACCUUUCUGGUAUUAAACAAAAUGCAAGAGAUUUCACUUUUGGUACUGAAUGCAUCAAUUUCUUACGGCAAUAUAUAAAUGUAUCUAAUCAGCUUUGAGAGAUGCCUACACUUAGCUAAGUAAUUAUUAUUUUAAAAUAAGUAAUGUCGAUUUGGAUGAAAGAUUCAUUCCUCAAAUAUCAAUAAAUGAAGAGGCUUUAGAAAAUAAAGUCACUUAAAACACAGUAUUAAACUUAGAAAAUUGUACAUUUCAAUAUCGACCUUUUUCAAAAAGUGUUCUCCAAAAAUUGUCAUUUAAAUUAAAUAAAAAAGAAAAGGUAUCAUCGUUUUUAUGGUUUAGAUUGGAGUAGUUGGAAAAACAGGUUCUGGCAAAAGCUCCAUAAUUUUAGCUUUGACUGCUNUAUUUAAGGAUAUCUUAAAAAUAAAACUAGAAUCAUAUUUACAAAUUCUUUGUCUAAUUUAUAAGAAUGUGAUAUGAUUUAUAUCAUUGAAAAUGGAAGAAUUAUUAAAUAAGGCAGAUUUUCUUAAAUAGUGGGAUAAAAUGAAAAUUAAUAAUUUUCUUAAAAAGAAAUAGUUGACUUUUAAUUCGAAGAUAAACACUAUAAAUAAGAAAAUCCUGAAAGUCAAGAUGUAAGAUAAAGUUUGAUUCAAAAAGAAGAUUAGGAAAAAGGUGAUAUCUCAAGUUCUGUAAUAAAAUAAGUCUUUGAAUACAUGGGUAAAUAUGUAGCCCCUAUGUGCAAUAUAAUUUACUUUGUUACUGUAUUAGGUUGUUAAUUAGUUGGAAAUAAGUUUAUGGCGUAAGGAGGAAUUACAGAUGAAGAAUACAGACAUUUAGGAUUGGUUUAUUAUCCUUUAAUUUAAUCACCUGUUAUUAUAGCUAUAGUAUUGUUAAGCACAUACUAUUUAAUUAUGGGUUUAUCAACUUCAAGGAAAAUUCAUAAUUCUGUUAUAUAUAGUUUAGUAAAUGCCUCAUAUACAAAAUUUUACAAUACAAUUCUGAUAGGAAGAUUAAUGAAUAGAUUAAGCAAAGAUAUUUACAAUAUAGAUUUAUUAUUUCCAAAUGAGAUUUAAAAUUUAACCAUUUAGUUGACAACCUUGUUACUUCCAUUAUUUGCUUGUUUUCUCUACCUAAAUAUAGUUGCCUUGCCUCUAUUAAUAAUAUUUUUUAUUAUUUUAAUCUAUAUAACAGUGAUAUACUAUAGAUGUUUACGAGAAAUUACUAGAAUUGAAGCAGUUUCAAAGAGUCCUGUCUUUUCUUUUUUCUAAUAAAUUGUUAGAGGAAUAACUUAUGUUAGAACUUGUUUACCAUUAGAAAAAGUAGUAAUUUAAUAGUAAAGAAAUGUAGAUGUAGAUCUAGGUAAUUAGAUCAAUCUAUUUGGAUUUCAAUAUUGGUAUUAGUCACUAGCAGGAUCUAUUACAAAUCUAUUCUAAGCUUUGCUAUUUAUAAUUUGUGUAUGUUAUUUAUUUAGAUAUAGUUUAUUUUCCCAGGAAAAACUUAAUAAAUGACAAUAAUGGUAUUAAAUUAGAUGUAAGCAGUGUCAUAAUUACUUUUAAAUUCCUCAAUUUCCUAUGGUAAUAUUUAAAUGUACCUUAUAAGUUUUGAAAGAUGCUUACAUUUAGCAAAGUAUUUUUAUUUAUUAAAUUAAGUAAAAUUGAUUAAGAAGAAAGAAAUAUUUCAUUAGUUACACCAUAUGGGAAUGAUAGUGAUAAUACUGAAGAUAAAAAAAUUAAUAAUAUAAAAGAUAAAGAAGAUAAUAAAAAUAAUAUCAUUUUAAACCUAGAAAAUUGUACUUUCCAAUAUAGACCAAAUUCUAAAUGUGUUUUAUAAUAAUUAUCAAUAGACUUACACAAAAAAGAAAAAGUAUAUAAUUUUAUUAUUUUUAAGAUUGGGAUAGUUGGUAGAACAGGAGCUGGCAAAAGCUCAAUUAUUUUGGCAUUAACCUCAAUCCUUGAAUAAACAGAGGGUUCAAUAGAAAUAGAAUAGAAAAAUAUUAAUUUAUAUUCAAUUAAUGAAUUAAGAUAAAAAUUUGGUAUAAUACCUUAAGAUCCACUUAUUUUUAUGGGAAGUUUAAGAUAAAAUUUAGAUCCUUUAAAUAAAUUUGAAGAAUGUUAUAUUUAAGAAAUAGUAAAAUAAUGUGGAUUAUUAGAAAUGUAGAGUUUUAAAUAAUAAGGAUUAGAAAGUGAAAUUUCAUUAUAAGGUAGUAAUUUAUCUUUAGGUGAAAAAUAAUUAUUAAAUAUUGUUAGAUGUAUAUUAGAAAAUAAAAGUAUUGUUUUAGUAGAUGAAGCUACAUCUAAUAUAGAUUCUAAAACUGAAGAACAUGUUAAAAAUGUAAUUAUUAUUUAUUAUUUUUAUUAGUUAUUUAAUAAAUAUUUUUAAAAUGUUUCUAUGAUAUCUAUUGCACAUAAAGUAACUACUAUUAUGAAUUCUGAUAGAAUUAUUGUUUUAAAUGAUGGAUAAAUUACUGAAUUUGAUCAUCCUUCCAAAUUAUUAUCUAAUCCAAAUAGUGAAUUUAAAUAAAUUAUAGAUCUAAUUAAGCACUCUGAAGCACUUUGA